AUGGCCCCUGCGGAGCAGGACGCGUUGGCCGUGCGGGAGCAGCUCUUCCACGAGAGAGUCCGCGAGUGCAUCAUCUGCACCCUGCUCUUCGCCAGCCUCUACAUCCUUUGCCACUUCAUCAUAACCCACUUCAAGAAGCACACGGACUUCGCGGCAGUUCAUGAUGACGAGGACGCUGCUGUCAACAGGAUUGCGCUGGGGCUGUGCACCUUCACCCUGGCCGUGGCGCUGGGCGCCGUCCUCCUGCUGCCCUUCUCCAUCAUCAGCAACGAGGUGCUGCUCUCCUUCCCCCAGAACUACUACAUCCAGUGGCUGAACGGGUCCCUUGUCCACGGCCUCUGGAACUUGGUCUUCCUCUUCUCCAAUCUGUCCCUCGUCUUCCUCAUGCCCUUUGCCUACUUCUUCACUGAGUCGGAGGGCUUUGCGGGAUCCAAGAAGGGCAUCAUGGCCAGGGUGUAUGAGACAUCGGUGGUGCUGCUGCUGCUGACACUGCUGGUGCUGGGCAUGGUCUGGGUGGCCUCCGCCAUGGUCGGCAACGACGCGGCCAGCCGCCAGUCGCUCUAUGACCUCUGGGAAUACUACCUGCCCUACCUCUACUCCUGCAUCUCUCUCUUCGGCGUGCUGCUCCUGCUGUUCUGCACCCCCUUCGGCCUCUCCACCAUGUUCACUGUCACAGGGAAGCUGCUGGUGAAACCCCGGCUCCUGGAAGACCUGGACGAGCAGUUGAGCUGCACGAGGCUCGAGGAAGCCGCUGUGUCCCGCAGGAUCUCCUCUGGCAAAGCUUCCUGCUGGCUGGACUUGAACGUGGAACUGCUGCGGGAGCAGUUCUUCGCCAUCCGGAGCAAGAGGCGGAAGCUGGAGCUGCGGCACCGAGCGUCGCCCUGGCAGAGGAACCUGGGCUACCCCCUGGCCAUGCUGGGCCUCCUGGCGCUGACGGGCAUCUCCGUGCUCAUCGUCUGCUUCCACGUCCUGGAGCUGCUGCUGGACGAUGCCGCGAUGCCACGAGGCAUCCAGGAUGCGUCCCUGGGCCAGGUCUCCUUCUCCAUCUUCGGUUCCUUCGGAGCUGCCCUGCAGGUUGUCCUCAUCUUCUACCUGAUGGUCUCCUCCGUCGUGGGCUUCUACAGCUCCCCCCUCUUCACCCGGCUGCUCCCCGAGCGGCAGGACACCCCCCUCACCAAGAUCAUCGGGAACUGCGUCUCCUUGCUGGUGCUCAGCUCGGCCCUGCCCGUCUUCUCCAGGACGCUGGGGAUCACCCGUUUCGACCUCCUGGGGGACUUUGGCCGCUUCAACUGGCUGGGGAACUUCUACAUCGUCUUCCUCUACAACAUGGGCUUCGCGGCGCUCACCACCCUCUGCCUGGUGAAGAGGGUCUCCUGGGCCGUCCAGGCCGAGCUCAUCCGCGCCUUCGGUGAGGACGGGGACGCGGGGACGCGGUGA